GAUGGCGAAUAUGCGGGUCUGGCCGAACCCAUGCGAAAUGCUUUUGCAACAGCUGGUCAGACCAACGUCGUUGACGCUGCCGAGUUUACUCUCUGACCAGCGACGACAAGACUCUUUUCGUUUGAGUGUAGCCUAAUGUAGGGUCAACAGAACAGGCGGUGGGAACGUAACGCUGAAAGCAAGCAUAACAUCAAGAAUUCCAAGGCUGAGGGGGUCGGGGUAGUGUGGCGCAUAUUAUUCCUUUUGGCAGUUUGCCAACAACCAGCUCCCACGCCGUUUAGUCUUGAGCAGUAGUGCCAACACGCCCUGCCCCAACUUGACUUGUAGAUCUACUAGUACCAUUUGCCAAACUCGCCUUCUCUUUCAUUUGUGGGUAGAUGACCGCUGAAGUCGCUGCCUCUAUUUCGCAGAAGGCAGGUUAUUCAUAAGUCUACCGAGUGCAACGAACAGCAAGCCUCUCAUGCUCAGGUCAGGGUCAGGGUCAGGGUCAGGGUUCAGAUUAUUUGACAAGUACCAUAGGCAUAGGGUUUACAAGCGUGAAGUGCAGUCGUCCGGGAACAUUGCAUCUGGAAGAAUGAUUUUUCAUGCAAGUUCCUGUCUCUCUGGAGUAUAGAACAUCGACCAAUUCCAAAAGACUGCAUGAUGACACGCACGGCCCCAGGACAGCAGCGUGGGCUCCAUGCACUAUCACGAACAGUGCCGCUUGCCUUGUUCACGAUGCUGGUGAUGUACUCAGUGGACCCGGCCAUGGCACAGCCACCCGCUCCGCCAUCGCCUGUUGGUACGGCGGCCGGUCGCUAUCUACCCUUGCCGGAUCGCCGGCUUCUCAAGCAGAAGCUGCCAGGGGGCUUGCGACAGUUGUACACGUUCACCGUACCGGCCGGUGGCAAUGUCAGCAUAACAGUGUUCCCGUGUCAGGGCCACGUCAGCUGGAACAUCACCUAUGUGGGUGCGCGCGUGUUCAGCCAUCCCCGCUACCCAACUGGCAAGCGGCGGAAGAAGCGCUGCUGUGUGACGGGCGGAGUGACCACCAACUUCAAUUUUAACAUAGCCGGUCUUGCUUCGGGCUUGGGGACUAGCAUGGGAGACGGCGCUAUAACGUACUUUCUGGAGGACACCAGCGGCGGUACCUACUACAUCUCAUUGACAAACAACAGCCCAAUGCUGGCGAGCUAUGAGAUGUACGCCACGCUGCGCCCGGCCAUCAGUCCGUACGUGCAGCUGCCCAACGACCCGCAGGCCAAGGUGACGGCAAUACGCGACACUGAGCUAGAGCUAGCAUGGAUGCCGGUACGUGCCGAGCCCUGGGGUGGAAAGGACGUAGUUUACUGCGUCGAGUAUCACAAGACUGAUGAUCGGGUCGACAGCGAUGUCCGCAGCAGCACGUGCGCGGCGCACCGCUACCGCCCCGGCACAAAGAAAAACAAUUGCGUGCCCGGUACCAGCUUUGUGCUGAAAAACCUCGCGCCCAGCACGCAGUACAGCAUCGACGUGUUUGCCCGCAAUCUGCGCAAGCACACGGAGACAGCGUACCUGUCCGUGACGGCGUCGACCGCGGAAGGGUCUGCAACGCCGCUGAGCAACGUUGCGGAGCGAGUAACCACGCUUCUGCCGAUGGAAACACGAGUGUUCCGGAUGAGAGCGAAUCAACAAAGCGCUACCCUUUCCGGCGUUUCGCCGUGCACUGGGAACUUGAAGUGGAGCAUUCUGGAUGCGUCGGGUAACAGCAUUCAAGAUUACGGAUUUGGCACUUCACCUGGCAUGCAGCUACCGGCGGAGAUGGUUGCACGACCGCAGAACUUCGUCAACAACCUGCCAUCGGUGGACCGCCAGUACUCCUCCCAGUUGCAGCGGGGCACCGAGUUCAGCAUCGCAGUUAGCAACGUCAACGCACACGGGCCGAGUUCGUUCGAAAUGUACACCGCCGUCAACCAGCACAUGUCGAACUAUCCGCAAAUGCCACGGGACCGCCAGAUCACGCCCGGCCAGGUCACCGCCAGCAGCGUCAGUCUGAAGUGGCGGCCGGUGCUGAACCCGGUGAACGUCACCUACUGCGUGCACGUGUUCCCGCACAACCAGGCCGUGCGCAACGGCGUUGUGCACAGCGCCUGCGGCAUCUCCACGGCCAAGCGGCGGCGCAUGAUAGCGCAGGGCCAGUGCUCGCCGCACAUCUACCGCACGGUGAGCGGCCUGCUCGCCAGCGUCUGGUACGACGUCAGCGUGGUGGCCAAGAACAGGUUCACGCUCCACCAGCAGGCAUACUCCGGACUGAUGGUCCUAACCGGUCGUCAUCCGUCCAACUCGCAGCCCGGGUUGCAGCCCGGGUUGCAGCCCGGGUUUCAAGCCGGGUUUCAGCCCGCAUUGAAUAAUGUGAACAAUGUGAGGCGCUUGCAGUAUUCCUCCGCACUGCCGGCAGCAUCGCACGUUGCCAUGGAAAUAUCCAUUGUAGUGAGCACACUACUUGCCUUGCUUAACCAGCAGUAUUGAAACAUCUAUCGAGACGUGUAAGAUGGUAUGGUGGAGAUGCCUUGAUGGCGGCACACCAAUCGUAUAAAACUAUCACUUGAGACUAGAGUUCGAGAGGCGACUGAAAAUCGAAGCCUAGAAACGUGUUCUGAUCUGCUGCCCAGGACGGUUGCUUGACGACACUUUUAGUCUUUCGAGUCCCCCCCCCCCCCUUAAUGCUUGUGGAUAAUGGAGUGCCUCGGAUAUUAUCAUAACACUUCAGUAGAAAGCAAUCCGAAUACAACGCACUAUGUGAUAUGAAGCUGAGACCAUAUGGUCGGCAAAGCUGCCCCUGCCCCUGCCAUUCAAUAUGAUUGUACCAUCGUUGCCUUGCUGCUUCGUGCCAUCUAAUGUUGUGUGGUUAUUUCUAAAACAAAACGUGUAUACCAGCCGUCUUAAUUUGAAGACCCCGACUUGCAUUGCAUUAUACCAGCCAUUUGCCCCUUACCCGUUACAGUACCUCAGCUAUAAAAUACAGACUGUAAUUUCCAGGGUGCGAAGACACCAAAGUUGA